CUUACUUUCAUAUGAACACACAAAUCCGCGAACAGACUCAGGCUUUUAAUCGUGGGUUUCGCAGUAUUGUCAAUCCAGAAUGGUUGUCUUUAUUUUCUCCUCCUGAAUUACAACGUCUCAUCUCUGGCGAUACAGUGCCAUUAGAUCUCCGAGAUCUACGAAAGCAUACACAGUAUUAUGGCGGCUUUCACGAUUCCCAUCGGGUCGUCGGCUGGUUAUGGGACAUCUUAGCCAAAGAUUUCACCGAGGAAGAGCGCAAAUUGUUUCUUAAGUUUGUAACUAGUUGUUCAAAACCUCCACUGCUAGGCUUUGCCAAUCUUGAGCCGCCGUUUUCUAUUCGCUGCGUUGAAGUUGGUGACGACGAGGACACUGGAGACACUAUUGGCAGUGUCAUACGUGGCUUCUUCACCAUACGCAAGAAAGAUCCUCUGAAUCGCUUGCCAACGUCAUCCACCUGCUUCAAUUUAUUGAAAUUGCCAAACUACCAGAAGAAGUCCACACUGCGCGACAAAUUACGCUACGCUGUUAGCAGCAACACAGGAUUUGAGCUAUCCUAAAUCAUUUUUUUUUUAGGCUAAAAUGUUGUGUGCAUCCCAAGACCAAUGAGUGGGGGUUCCCUCUAGAAGUACGAGUAUCAUGUAACAAAGCAUUUUCCAAAGUACCACCAUAAUGGCUGCUGUUUCGAGUUUCUACAUAUCAGCUAGUUUCCGAUUUUAAUACUUGAGACGUGGGCGGUAUCCAUUAAUUUCACUUUCGGGGGCAAACUUAAAUGCUCAACUUUAUAAUCACAUGUUUUUGUUUUAUCGGUCGGCGUUAUUUUUUUUUGCGAUUUUUUUAAGAUUUAUUUUAAGUAAUUUUAUGGAUUUUAGAAAGAAAUAGUUGAGUUUUGUUCACAGUUUGUAAGCUAAUUUUCUCUUUGAUGUCGUGCAUAUGU